ACUUAUCACGUCUGCACACAUGACGACAGUGGGUGGGCUGGUGCCACUGAGCUCUUAAAUAUCUGCUGUUGAAGCUGCAAACACGUGCAGAACUUUAUCACUGGCGGACUUCAGACACAGACAGACCAAAAUCGUUUAGUCAAUCAAGUAACUCCAGAGAAGAGAGAUGCAGUCUUUGGUGAAACAAAACUUUCAUGCAGAGACUGAAGGAGAUGUCAACAAGCUUGUUAAUCUGAAGCUCAACGCGUCCUACACCUACCUUGCUGUGGGCAUGUAUUUUGACAGGGACGACGUUGCUUUGCCCCACUUUUCUCGCUUUUUCUUGGAACGCUCUGAGAAGGAGCAGGAACAGGCUGAGAAGCUGCUGGCGUAUCAGAACAGGAGAGGGGGCCGCAUCUUGCUUCAGAAUAUUACUAAGCCAAGCAGGGAGGACUGGAAAUGUGGCCUGGAUGCAAUGAAUUUUUCCCUGGAAUACCAGAAGUUCUUGAACACGUGCAUCCUUGAUGUGCACCGCAGAGCUGACAACCAAAAGGACCCGCACCUGUGCAACUUCCUCGAGGAGGACCUCCUUGUCGACAGCCACGACACCAUCAAGAAACUGGGUGACUACAUCGGCAGUCUGUCCCGCCUUUCUGAGCCCGGGACAAACGCGUCCAUGGGGGAAUACCUGUUUGACAGACAUACUCUGUAAACCCUCAAAGAUGCAGAGACAACGGAUGACUAUGCAUUUGUUUAAAAUUUGUAGUUUACUCAAAUGUUACAAAAAAAUAAACUGCCUCAAAUUUUGUAUGAAAAACAAAUUGGAACAUGUUCUCAUUAAGGUCUCCUAAGCUGUUAACUGUGAAGUGAAUAACCUGUUUACAUAAACGUCAUGUGUCAAUACAUUCCAGUGUCAUGUUUCAACUGAGCAAAGCUGUUAAAAUAAAUGAAUAAAUUUGGAAAUGGUGCCACAACUGUUGCAUUUAUAUAUUAAAAAAAUAAAAAAUUUCCCCCAGUUUCAAAA